AUGGCUAAGGAAAAUAGCUGCUUGACACGCGUGGCAACCGGUGCUGCAAUCGGUGGAGCCAUCGGUGGUGCCGUCGGUUCGGUGUAUGGGACAUAUGAGGCUAUAAGGUUUAAGAUGCCAGGGCUUCUGAAGAUCAGGCACGUUGGACAAACAACACUUUCAAGUGCAGCUCUGUUCGGUCUUUUCUUAGGCGCUGGGAGCUUGAUACAUUGUGGGAGGAAUUAA